GCGGGCUCAAAAGGAAUAAGGGUGGGAAAUGAAACAGAUUUUUAAAGUGAAACGUCUUCCACAAUGCCGUAAAAUGUCUGCGGUGACGCGGAUGUUCGUGUGGUUUCCAGUUUAAAGAAGAAACCAACGGCUUUGAGAAACGGAACAAACGGAGGAGUCUAUAUGGCUAGUUUCACCCCGUUUGUGGCAAAUGGCACGGGGCGCCCGGACAACAGCUGCUUCAGCACCACCCAGAGCACGGUGCUGAUGGGCGUGAGCUUCGGAGGAGUGCCGAUCGUUCUGCUGCUCGACUUCAUCGUCUUCCUAGUGCUGCUGUUGACCUUUACUUGUAUCCGGAAGAAACUCUGGGAUUACGGGAGACUUGCGCUAGUAGCAGAAGCUGAAGGGUUUAAUGAGAUUUCUAAACGGCGUUUUGGUAGGAUGACGUCAUUCAUGUCCAUUGAGGAGAGUGAGCACGAGAGGGGGUUCUGUUCGUGGCUGACCUUCAUCAUCACAAUGGAUGAAGCAGUGGUGAAGGAGAGGUGUGGGAUAGAUGCUGUUCACUACCUGUCAUUCCAGCGUCAUCUUAUUAUUCUACUGCUCAUUGUCUGUGUCCUGUCCAUUUCUGUCAUCCUCCCAGUCAAUCUCUCUGGAAACCUGCUUGGGAAAGAUCCGUACAAUUUUGGCAGAACGACCAUCGCAAAUCUGGAGAAUGAUGAUAAACUGCUUUGGCUGCACACAGUGUUUGCAGUUCUGUACCUCAUCCUCACGGUGGCACUGCUGAGACAUCACACCUCUCUAAUGAAAGGAAGCAAAAGAGAGACAGCUAGAACAACGCUAUUUAUAUGCUCCGUCCCUCCCACCGCCAGCGAAGACCGUUUGAGGAUUCAUUUUACAGAGGCGUACCCAUCCUGCGAGGUGAAGGAUGUUCAUUUAUGCUACGAUGUGGCUGAGCUGAUUCGCCUGACAACUAAAAAGAAGCGAGCAGAGAAAAACUUGCUGUACUACCGCAAGAUCCUGGACUCCCAGGGGCAGCAGGAAGUCAUCAACCCCCGGACUUGUGGGCACCUCUGCAUGUGUUGCCCGUGCCAAGGGUGUAAAGGGAUUAAUGCUAUAGACUACUACGGUUCUGAGGUUGAUCGGGUUGAAGAAGACUUGAGAAAGCAUAAAGAGAAUAAUGUGCAGCGUCCAUUAGGAAUGGCUUUUGUCACACUCCAGACCGAAUCCAUGGCAGCAUUCAUCCUGAAAGAUUUCAAUGCUCUUCGAUGUGGAGCUGGGUCUCAGGAAAUGGGAAGAGUGAGAGAAGUGACGUGUGGCUGUCAGAGAGAGCCUCAGCCUUCAUCCAGCAGCGAAGAGCUGAAAGUAAAACAAUGGAGCGUGAGCUAUGCAACCCAUCCGAAUAACAUCUACUGGGAGAACCUGUCCAUGCCACGCUGGGGGUGGUGGGCUCGAUAUCUGGCGCUGAACACCGUACUCUUCCUCCUGCUCUUCUUCCUCACUACUCCUUCCAUAGUCAUCUCUACCAUUGACAAGUUCAAUGUCACAAAACCCAUCCACUACCUAAAUAGCGCUGUUAUCAGUCAGUUCUUCCCAACUCUGCUCCUGUGGUCCUUUUCUGCACUGCUGCCCACUAUAGUAUACUACUCUACAGUGCUGGAGUCCCACUGGACCAGGUCGAGUGAGAAUAUGAGUAUGAUGUACAAGCUCUACAUCUUCCUGCUCUUCAUGGUGCUCAUCCUGCCGUCACUGGGCCUCACCAGUUUAGAUGUGUUUUUCCGGCAGCUCUUUGAUUCCCAGUCAGAAGGAAAGCUGAGAUUUGAGUGUGUGUUUUUACCAGAUCAGGGCGCUUUCUUUGUGAACUAUGUGAUCGCUGCCGCAUUGGUAGGCUCCGGGAUGGAGUUGCUCAGAUUGCCGAGUCUGUUGCUCUACACCAUACGCAUGGCUCUUGCACAUUCUGCCUCGGAGAGGAAGUAUGUUAAACAGAAUCAGGCGUACCAGUUUGAAUACGGAGCGAUGUACGGAUGGACUCUGUGCGUCUUCACAGUCAUCAUGGCUUACAGCAUCACCUGUCCUGUUAUAGCACCGUUUGGUUUUCUGUAUAUAACCUUAAAGCACAUGGUGGACAAACACAACCUGUACUUCGCCUUCCUGCCCGCCCGCCUGGACCGACAAGUGCACCUGGGAGCUGUCAAUCAAGCCCUUGCUGCACCAAUCAUCUGUCUGUUCUGGCUCUACUUCUUCUCUGUGCUGAGGGCAGGCUUCAUGGCCGCCACGUCUCUCUUCACCUUGGUGGUUGUGUGUGUGACCAUUUUCAUUGGCAUCUGCUACACCUGCUUUGGCCACUUCAAGUACCUCAGUCCUCAUAAUUAUGUCGUUAAGGAUGAAGAUGAAGACCCUGAUGCAACUUCACAAAGUUCAAACGGCUCUAUAUACCUUCCCAAGGUUCUGCAGCCUGAAGAUGCCUCCGAUUCUCCUGCAGAGGUCGGCCGCCACCAGUCCUACGGCACCACAGACACAAGCCCAGCCGCUCCCGCCGCGCAAGAAGAGAAGUGCGCAUAGGCCACCUGACCCGGCCGCCGCUUCGCAGACUCAUGCAGACAAAAAACAGUCUAACUUUCAGGGCUUUAUGCGAUUUUGUAUACAAGGCAAACAUGUCAGUGUAAGACACCGAGCUGACGGUGAUGGGUGAUGGUUUACAGAGCACAUUGAGCACAAAGCUGAAAUUAAUGCUUUGAUGAAAGUGACAUCACAAAUAUGUAAUUUCCAGAUGUGCCGUGUCAUUUAAGAUUAGAAAUACAAGGAACACAAGAUAAUAGCUGAUGUAUGAGAGCAACCCUGUCAACGAAUAGCUCACACUGCCACUCCAGAGUCGUGACGUAAUGAUUUAAUGUCACCGCGUCUAACGCAAUUAUUUAACAUCAUCCGCUCGUGAUGUAUCGAAAGGACCCUGACCUCCAGAUUACACUCCCGAUACAAAACGGACACUUUGUACGGUUAGAAUAAAUUCAGGGAUGUGGGAGUGUUUGAUUAACAAUAUCACAGACACUGGACGGAGUAUCUCUACUCUGGGGGUUUCUCAAUAACAAAGAUCUAAAACCUUCCUCAUCAAGCAUAGUUUAUUCAGUGCUCUACCGAAGGGCGUAACUCAAACGUUGCACAAGCUUCUUGGAGCCUUUACCGAGGAGACCGAGCCAAAUGAAUCACGGCUGUUUGCGUCUGGGAUAAAAGUUACUUUAACCAAAUGAGUUCAUGGGUUUCACAGAUGUGCCACCAACAACUGCUUACAUUAUCUGUCAUAUGUAACGAAUGACCAUAGAAUUUUUUUUGUGUCUCAUCAUAAAUCAUAAAGAUCAAAAAUCACAGGUAUUGUUUAAGAUUGUACAUUUAUGGUUAAAUAUGUCGAAUUAAUAUCCUGCUUUUGAAAAUGUUUUGAUAUCCAAUGCUGAUGCUUCUAAUAUUUUAAAAACAAAUUUCUUACUAA